AAUUAGUUGAUUGAAAAACUUUUGAGCAAAUACUCAGGAUAAGAAAAAGUGAAAAAAAAAUAUUUUUUUUGAUUGUGAAAAUAAAGAAAACAAAAGACUGGAAGUUAAAUUUAAUUGAAAGAUAAUUAAUGUUGAAAAAAUUAAAGAAAUAAUGAGGACUCUAGUGAUUAUUGGUGCAUUAUUGUGCGCUAUUCCGCUGAUAGCUGGAAGUGAAAAAAAAGUUGUUUGUUACUGGAACUCAUUUUCAGUAAGAAAUGAAGGACUUAAGGGCAUGUUUGAAGUGAAAGACAUCGACCCAAACAUUUGCACACAUUUAAUCUACACAUAUCUACGAUUUACAGCUAGUAUUAUUAUUUUUCCAGAUUACAAUGAAGACGAUCUAGCCGCAUUCAAAAACCUCAAGACCCAAAAUCCAAAUGUAAAACUCCUAAUCGGUGUCGGUGGACCACGUCAAGGAACUCAAAUUCCAUCAAAAAUUGCAACAACUCCAACAGAUCGAAAUAAUUUUUCACAAAAAAUCAAGAAAUUUAUUGACGAUUAUGGCUUUGACGGAUGUGAUUUUGAUUGGCAAUGGCCUGGUCAAGGAAGUGGAUCAUCAGACAAUGAUAAAGCUAAUUAUGUUUUGUUGCUACAAAAUUUAAGGAAUGUUUUAGGAACUGGCAAGAUUUUUUCAAUUUCUGUUGCACCAAGGCAGGAUGACAUUGACAAAUCCUAUGACGUCUUGAAAAUUUAUCAGUAUGUUGACUUUAUAAAUUUAAAUACUUACAAUUUUCAUGGAAGUGAAGGUGAAACAAUCACAGCCUUCCAUUCUGCAUACCGAAAGGUACCAAAUGAUUUAACUAAAGAAGGCGAGUUGAAUGCAGUUUCAGUUGUGGAAAACUGGCUAAGUAAAGGAGUUCCAUCAGCUAAAUUGACAUUAGGUAUCCCAACAUAUGGCAAAAGUUUUACAUUAACGGAUAUACUGCAAACUGGAGUUGGAGCACCUGUCAGUGGACUUGGUUCUCAAAGCGAAUAUUUAGUUGAAAAUUCAAAUGUUAUUCCAUAUACUGAAAUUUGCGUAAACAUCCUUACAAAUCCUCGAUGGCUCUCUUAUUGGAAUUCAGCUCAAUUUGCACCAUAUGCUGUAUUUAAUGCAAAUCAAUGGGUUGGAUUUGAUGACUUACAAGUUGUUAGAUCUAAAAUUCAUUUGGCUCUUAACAAUGAUCUUGGUGGACUUAAUUAUGCUACUAUAGAUCGGGAUGACUUUACUGGUCAAUGCAGUGGAUCUAAAUUUCCCCUGAUCAGAAUUGGAUAUGAAGCUAUGAUCAAUAAUAUUCUCCCGCCAAAUCCUGCUGAAACUACCACAACCACCCCAAGAAGUACAACAACUACCACAAAACCUACAACAACUACCACAAAACCUACGACAACGACCACAAAACCUACAACAACAACCACAAAACUUACAACAACUACCACAAAACUUACAACAACUACCACAAAACCUACAACAACAACCACAAAACCUACAACAACAACCACAAAACCUACAACAACUACCACAAAACCUACAACAACUACCACAAAACCUACAACAACAACCACAAAACCUACAACAACUACCACAAAGCCUACAACCACUACUAAACCACCAGAGCUUCCACCCACAACGACAUCAGCCGUAAGUAAAGAUCCAGACACCGAUGAUAAAAGUACAUCAACUGAACCAAUCACGGAGCCAAUUACUACAACUAUCGAGCCUACAACUGCUGAACCGACAACAAGUGAAACCCCAACAACCACAUCUACAACAACCAAAAAAUCUACAGUUCCAAAAACUACAGUAACUAGAACCACCACAACGCGUACCACGACAAGCGAGAAUCCAACACCAAGAAUCACUCCGGGUGUUAUUAAUUCAAUUGCUACAACAACAAGAAAUAGUGGCAAUGAGAUGCAAACCACCCCAAUUAUGACGACUGAAGCUGAAAUUUUAUCUACCACGACGACUGAAAGCAUAUUAACUACUAAAGAAGACACAACAACUAGAAAAUUGCCAGCAACAACAUCCACAGGAUUUCCAACGCCACCCGUCACACCAAAAGUCAAUGCUGCAACUACUCAAAUUGUGCAAUCUACACAAACAAGUAUUAAAGAAACUGAAGCAACUGUGAUUAUCCAGCAAACUACUCAAAGACAAAAUGAACCUAUAGUUCAGACUACUUCAACCAGAACAACUUCAUAUAAUAUUCCAACACCUCCAGUCACACCAAAAAGUAAAUCUAAAAGAUCAAUUGAAUUUCCAACUAAAAAAUCAUUUGCGUGUCCUGAAGAAAAUGGAAAGUUUAAGAAUCCAGAGGAUUGUAGUUCAUUCUUUGUUUGUGUUAAAAAUAUUCCUUAUAAAUUCUAUUGUAAUUAUGAUAAAUAUUAUGAUGAAUUGAGAAAACAUUGUGAUUAUCAAUUGAGUUUGAAAUGUUAAAUGAUUUACUAUGGAUUCUUAUUUAUUUGAUAAAAUUAAGUAUUAUCAGUAUUAUUGUAAGUUUAAAGCUAUCAAAAAUAAAUAAUAUG